ACAGCACGUGUGCGUUAGGAAUUUUAACUACAUCUCCCAGAAUCCCCUGAAUUCACGCUCCUUGUUUUGCAGGGAAAGCAGAAUUACGAGAGUGAGAGCCGAGUCUAAGCGAACUGUCAAGCUUUUGAACUACUGGCGUGAAACUGAACGAAAGGCGAAAUGCUUGCUCGGGUUUUUGCAAACGCAUUCUGUAACCAUCUUCCAAGGGAAGCCGCUCGGGCUGUCGGUCCGGGAGCGACGGCGCGGCAGGAUCGGCACGCUUCCACAGAGGUGGUGCUCAGGAAGACCCCGCUGUAUGACUUCCACAGGGCUGAGGGUGGUAAGAUGGUGGAGUUUGCAGGAUGGAGUAUGCCUGUGCAGUACAAAGACAGUCACAUUAACUCACACAUGCACACACGCCAGCACUGCUCCGUCUUCGAUGUCAGCCACAUGCUACAGACUAAAGUCUACGGUAGAGACAGAGUGAAGUUCAUAGAGUCUCUGAUUGUUGGAGACAUCGCUGAACUAAAAGACAACCAGGGCACUCUCUCCCUCUUCACAAACAUUAAAGGAGGGAUCAUGGAUGAUCUGAUUGUGACGAAGACAGAUCAGGGUUACCUGUAUGUUGUUUCUAAUGCUGGAUGUGCAGACAAAGACUCUGCUCACAUGCAGGCCAGACUGCAGGAGUUCAAGGCAGCAGGUCAUGAUGUAGAUUUGGAGUUCAUGGAAGAAAGUCUCAUUGCUCUGCAGGGCCCAUCAAUGGCCCGGGUUCUGCAGAAAGGUGUGGGCGAUGACCUCAGAAAGCUGACCUUUAUGACCAGUGUUUUGACCCCGGUGUUUGGCAUCAAGGGCUGCAGAGUCACACGCUGCGGAUAUACAGGGGAGGAUGGAGUUGAGAUCUCAGUACCAAGCAGAGAUGUCGUCUCCCUGACUGAAAAGUUGUUAGCUGAUGGUGAGGUGAAACUCGCUGGACUCGGUGCCAGAGACAGUCUGAGGCUGGAGGCAGGACUUUGUCUCUAUGGCAAUGACAUUGAUGAGACCACUACACCGGUGGAAGCAAGUCUUGUUUGGACUAUAGGUAAGCGUCGUCGACAGGCGCGGGAUUUCCCUGGUGCUGACAUCAUUGUUUCACAAAUAAAGGCAAAGACUCAAAGAAAGAGAGUGGGCCUGAUCUCUACUGGGCCACCUGUUAGACAGCACACACCAAUCCUGUCAUCUGAUGGCAGGGUUAUAGGUGAAGUCACCAGUGGAUGCCCUUCUCCCUGCCUUAAACAAAAUGUUGCCAUGGGAUACGUGGAAGCUGGCUUCAGUAAAGUGGGCACAUCGAUCCAGGUGGAAGUGAGAAAGAAAGCAGUGCCCGCAGUGAUCAGCAAGAUGCCAUUUGUGCCCACCAAGUACUACAUGGGCCAGUAGACCUACUAAUAAUAAAAGCAUCUGUGUUGGUGAGGGGGUCUGUUGUAGAUCAGUCUGGUAGGAUUUAGCAGUGGAGGUCACUGUCCUGGAUUUCUGCUGAAAUGAAGACCAACAUUACAGAUUAUGAGACAUGUCAACAUUGAACAUUCCAUAAUGCAAACACAAAUGCCAACUUUAAACACAAACAUGAUUUACUUCCAUUUAUAAUUACAUUCCAGGGUACACUAAUUGUACGACAUUUUGGCCACUUGACUAGAAAUUCAAAUCAAAUGGAAUUUUACGAUAUGGGAAAGGACCACUUGCUGUGUGUAUGUGUGUGUAACAUAGAGCACUUAAAAUGUUAGUUUGAGUGUGGGAAGUUGACAUCUGUUUUAAAACUACUGAUGAGGAUUCUUUUUUUUUUUGCCACAUCUGGUUUAUUUUAUGCCAGUGCACUGUUUUAGUGUCAUAAUUUAUGAUGUUCAGAUAUAAAAUAAUUAACAAAGCUAAGCUGAAUGAAAUACCCUGUAUUAGAAAAGUGCCUAAUUUUCUAGUAGGUGAUUGUCAUACUAUAGUAUUGUUAAUUUCAUUAACUUUAGACCACAUCACUGUGAAGUUUUUCUCUCCAAAAGAACAUUUCCAUUUAUGUUUCUUUUUGGGAUGUGAUUAAAUAUAUUCUAUAUAAUUUUAUAAAUUUGUACUUGUUUGGUUGUUGCCCAAAAUAAGACGUUUAAAGUAUAUACACUUUUACAUUAGCAGUAAACAAUUUGGUAUGGUUUAUGUUUGUACUGUGGGCUGUGAUUUUAAAUAAAGUCUUUAACUUAAUUAUAACA